CAAAACUUAUAGCCACACACAGGUUGCAAGACUCCUACUUGGAUUGUCCGCCCACUGGCGGACUCCAUAACACAACACCACCGCAUUGAUGAGCCUCUCUUGCUCGUAAUACCCCUACACCCAUCUGAAAAUAAACUGACCCAGAAAGAAAAAACGUUUUCUUGCUCAUAAUACAAUCGUCUAAAACUCUGACACCAUUUGUAAUGAAAUGUACCCACAGAAAUUAGGCCAAAGGACACUUUAGUGUUGUUUUUCUUUACUAUCCUUUCUCGGAGGCUGCAUGAAUAAUCAGGAAUUUUGUACCAAUUCGUCCUUCUUCUUCAAGUUGGGGUACUUGAAGUUGUUAAAGUUAAAGCAGUUGAAAUUAGUAUGGCUAUGGUCUCAGUUUCACACACUCUCUCUUUUAAUUCUUAUCUCUUCUCGAUACGGCAAGCUUCUUUAUCGGCACCGCAUGCUUCCAGAAUCCGCUAUCGCAUCGCUACUCGCCGAUGGUUGAACCUUAGUUCUGUUUCAUCUUCGUUCAGGUUCAGCAAUUUAAAUUCAAGGUGCUCAUUUACAAACUCUGACUUAGAGUGCAGCCAUGUUCUCACCGAUGAUGAGGUUCCAAAUGUAUCAAUAGUUGAGCAUGAAUGUUCAACCCCUAUUAUUCAUAUUAAUUCUGAUAUCCUUGAGGCUGAACCUCUGAGUUUACUAGCUGAAGUGACUUUUGUGGAUAGUCUUUUGACUUCAUUGCCUGUUUUAUCAGAGGAGGAGCAAAAUGCUCUUGCAGCAACUCCAGCUCAUCCAGUUGGAUUAUAUGCACUUUAUGCUACCUUCCUGGCUGGGAAUUUAGUAGAACAACUAUGGAAUUUCGCUUGGCCUUCUGCAAUUGCAUUGAUUCAUCCAAGCCUUCUACCAGUGGCAGUCAUGGGUUUCUUCACCAAGCUUGCAAUAAUUGUUGGUGGUCCUUUGGUUGGCAAACUUAUGGAUUAUCAUCCCAGAAUACCUUCUUCAAUUGGUUUAAAUGUAGUCCAGGUGGCUGCUCAGUUGUUUUCUGCAACUAUGAUCAUUCAUGCACAUACUGUUUCUCCUACUUCUGCAUCAUCCAUUCUUCUCCGGCCAUGGUUUCUUGCACUUGUUUUUACAGGGGCUAUCGAGAGGCUAUGUGGGGUAGCAUUGGGGGUGGCUAUGGAGCGGGAUUGGGUUGUGCUGUUAGCUGGAAUGAAUAGGCCAAUUGCACUUGCACAAGCUAAUGCUGUUCUUAGUCGAAUUGAUCUUCUGUGUGAGAUAGCUGGAGCAUCCUUGUUUGGCAUUCUUCUCUCCAAAUAUGAUCCAGUGACCUGCUUGAAGAUUGCUGCUGGUCUAAUGAUAUGGUCAUUACCAGUUAUGAUUGCGCUAACAAUAUUGACCAACAAGCUGUCUACUGGGGUGCUUGACCACACUAGAUCUUUCCAGACAUGUUGCAAACAGUCAACUGAAGGAGCUACUGCUGAUGCUGACAGCAUAGUGGAUAGAGGACUGGAAACCAUCAAGCUUGGGUGGAAGGAAUACAUGCAACAGCCAGCUCUUCCUGCAAGCCUUUCUUAUGUUCUUCUAUACUUUAAUGUUGUUCUUGCUCCGGGCAGUUUGAUGACAGCAUUUCUAACACAACGUGGAGUAAAUCCAUCUAUGAUUGGGGGUUUUAGUGGAUUAUGUGCUUCAAUGGGCGUUGUGGCAACAUUCCUAUCUGCAACCUUGGUCAGGCAGCUGGGCAUUUUGAAGGCUGGAGCUGCUGGUUUGGUAUUUCAGGCUUCACUUCUCACCCUAGCUGUUGCUGUAUAUUGGAGUGGAGCUCUUUCACAGAACAGCCCUCCUCUCUUUUUCUUGGGAUUGAUUGUUUUGUCAAGAUUGGGACACAUGUCAUAUGAUGUUGUGGGGGCACAGAUUCUCCAAACCGGAAUCCCAUCAUCUAAAGCAAAUCUUAUAGGGGCAACAGAGGUUUCUAUUGCAAGUUUGGCGGAGUCAGUAAUGUUGGGAGUGGCAAUAGUUGCUAAUGAUGCUUCACAUUUUGGAUUUUUGGCUAUACUAUCGCUUUUAUCAGUGGUUGGUGCAGCAUGGAUGUUCUGCCAAUGGUUGUUGAAUCCAACAGAUGCACAAAGAAAUCUCUUUUCCUACGAGUCUAGAUUAUGAUUCUUAAUGUAAGUAUAUGCAUGUUUUCCAGAUGUUUUCCAGACAUAAAAAAUCUAAAUUAUGUCGAAGGCAUGGUUUGAUUUUUCGCUAUCUGAUUAUCAUCCUUGAUUCGUUCUGGGUAGAAAAAUGGUUACAGAAUGCUUUUCUUUUCUGAACUGUUUCUGAGUUGCUAUAGUAAAAGGCAUUUUAACUAUAACAGAAGACAAAGGUAUGCCAAUAUCAGAACACAUGUUCUAGCGUCUGCUGGUGCAGGAAGCCUGAGGUAACAUCUUCUCUAGUAACUUACUGGUAGCUGUUUCUAUAAUUGCACGGCUUUGGUGUGAAAAUCAGUCACAUCAUAUUGCACCAUGUAUAGUGACAAUGUUGAAACAAAGUUUUAUUCCCCAUAACGCUAUGUAAAUCAUGUAAAUCGUUUGAUUUAUUCAAUUCUUUGGAAGGAAUCCAUUUUUUUGGUUGAA